AUGGAUGCAAUUAUAUCGCCAACUUCUUUACCAUACGAAGAAGCAAAAACCUUCUGCUUGGAACACAACGGUACCAUGCUAGAAAUGAAAAUCGACACUUUCAUGCCGAUUCCUGACCACAUUCAUCGACAGACUUUUCUUUACUGGAUAAAAGCAGAGUACUCUCUCGAUCUCGAAGGUCUUGAAAUCAACGAAGAGUUCCGCGAAAAUAUCCAAAAUAAGCUCGAUCUUGCCAAAACAAAACCCGGGUAUAUCUUUUUUAUGUACAAAGAAUGCAUCUCGCAAGACAGGUGUUCAUUUUGCUUGUAUAAUGACCUUUCGAGCGGCUCGAAAUGGCGAGAAUUUGAGUUCGUCUGCGCUGAUAAAGUUUACGACGACGGAAAAGUCCUUGUUCAAGUUGCUUCUGAACCCGACUGUGACAUCCUACAGCUGAACACGACGUUUGUGGAGAAGAACAAGCUCUUUCUCGGCAAUGAUAAAAAUCCGUAUUGGAAACGAGUCGACAACAUCAAAGGAACGACUUCCAGGCCAAUUCUUUCUGGAUACUUCGAAAAAGGCGGUGAAACUGGCGAUAUUCCAUGGUGCCGAAACAAUCCGAAUUAUCUUCAGGGCGCAUAUAUUUACAAAGGCGAAGUUUUUCUAGGGAACAGAGCGAAAAAAGCUUAUGCAGUCUGUCUUCGUUAA